ACCUUAUCAAGUCAUUUCCGCUUGCCGACUUUCAUGGAAAAGUUGACAAAGGGUCAAAUACGACAAUGAAGGCUGGAUAUUGUCUUCCUCGAAGAUCCAGGGAAAGUUCUCGCGUUAGGGCUGUACUUUGCCACUGCAGCGCAUUCAACUUUCUCCUUAACCAUCAUCUUCACCAUGUCCUUCAAACAAUACGCCAUUUUUCCUUCCAAUCCAGCGACAGAAAGAGGAAUCUCGACGAAGCUCAGUGCAAGUAAAGAUAGAAUUGUGUAUGCCAGUGGCAAGACCAUCGUGAUACGCGACCUCAAGAAUCCCAAAUCAUCGAUUUCGUAUAACGGACAUAUACAAAAUGCUACUAUUGCCCGUAUCUCGCCAUCGGGAUACUACUGCGCAUCUGGAGAUGCUGGAGGGACUGUCAGAGUAUGGGAUACUGUGGGCGAAGACCACGCAUUGAAAGGCGAAUACAAAGUCAUUUCAGGUCGAAUUAACGAUCUAGAAUGGGAUGGUGAAAGUAAGAGGAUCAUUGCUGUCGGAGACGGUAAAGAAAAAUUCGGGCAUGCCUUCAUGAUGGAUACGGGAACCUCUACCGGGGUGAUUAGUGGGCACUUCAAGGCAGUAAACGCCGUAUCGAUUCGCCAUCAGCGUCCGUUUAGAGCUGCCACCGGCGGAGACGACGCUGGGAUCAUUUUCCACCAGGGUGUACCAUACAAGUAUGACAAGUCCAUCAAAACCCACACCAAAUUCGUUCAAGACGUUCGGUAUGCACCCUCAGGGGAUAUCUUUGCCUCCGUUGGUUCUGAUUUCAAGAUAUUCCUAUACGAUGGGAAGAAUGGUGACACUCUCGACGAAGUCACGGAUAGCCCGCACAAAGGCAGCAUUAUGGCGUGCACUUGGAGUCCUGAUAGCAAGUCGUUAGUGACAUCCUCUGCGGAUUGCACUGUAAAGCUUUGGGACGUCGAAACUCGCAAAGCAAUUACGACCUGGACUGUCGGGAACGGAGUAAGCUUCCAGCAAGUUGGUAACACCUGGAGCGGAGAAUCUGAUGUAGUCUCUUUGUCGUUGAGUGGUGACUUGAACGUGUUCGACAUUAGAACGGGUGACAAGCCUUCCCGAAUAAUUCAAGGUCCCCAAAAACCUAUCACUGCUAUCGCACCCGUCCCAGCUUUGCCUGACACGUUCUUAGCUGGAACCGCCGAUGGUCGAGUUCUUUCAUAUUCUAAAACGACAGGAGAAUCUUCUCAUAUGCAAGGCGUCAAUCAUAGUACCUUGGUAACUAGCCUGGCCUCCUCUUCUGCGGGUGGUAGUGCGUUUUCUGCAGGAUUUGAUGAUUGCGUUAGGGAGAUUGGAAGUGACGGGACUGGUUUCACACCGUCAUCUUUCUCGCUUUCUUCUCAACCCAAAUCGCUAGCUGUUGGGGAUGAUGCCUCUGUCUUUGUAGCGGAAAUUAAAAACAGCAUUGAAGUUAUCAGGUCAAAUCAGAAAAUUUUUGACCUUUCUACGAAAUACACUCCUAGUGCCAUAGCAGUGAAGGGGUCGUUGGUUGCCAUUGGUGGAGAGGACUCCAAGGUUCACCUGUAUCAAUGGGAUGGUAAAUCACUGGAGGAUGACGCGGUUCCGAUUUUGCAAGGCAACAAGGCCGUUGUGUCCGCAUUAGCGUUCUCACCUGACGGAAAUCUACUUGCUUCGGGUGAUUCGAGCGGUAGCAUAUCGCUUUUCGAUAUCAAGGAAAAGAAGCUCAUUACUUCUCGCUGGUCUUUUCACACUGCCCGUGUCAAUUCACUCUCCUGGACCUCUGACUCCAAACAUUGUGCUUCUGGUUCGCUUGAUACCCAUGUCUACAUCUGGAGCGUUGCUAAGCCUUUGAGAAAUAUCGCGAUCAAGAAUGCAGGAGCUAGAGGUGUUAACGCUGUUUUAUGGAUAGAUAACUCCAAUGGAAAGACAGGUCAGUUGGUUAGCUCUGGGGCAGAUGCCUCUGUAAAGGUUUGGGAAGUUACAUUCCAUGCGGCGUAGGUUGAGAGAACGUAGUAGCAUUGGAAUCUGGAUUGUGCAAUCAGAGGACAAGCCAAUGUAGAAAUACUCAGGAACUAAACACAAGGAAUGUAUACCAAAUAUUAUCCAGGACCACUUGGAACUUUCUUGGACUAGAAUGAGAACGAUAUUGACGCCA